AUGUGGGAAGGAAAAAUGGGAAGAGGAGGGAAGGAAGAAUCGAUGUUUAGUCGAAGCGAAGACACAAAAUGUUGUAUGGGGGAGCGAAUGAAGUGGUGGCAAAAAAAGAGGAAUUGGCUGCGUGCGUCAUUGCUAAAAUUUUUGCUGUAGUAAAGAAGGGGAGUUUAGAGAAAAAUAAGUCGGGGAUAGAGAAAGAGUAUAUAUAAGUCUCCAACUCUUCAACAAUCUUCUCUUUUUAAUGAGGCGCCUGACUAAACAAAACAUAAGAGAAACUGCUCGUCAAAAUGGGACGCGAGCGGCGGAUUGUCACAUUGAGAAAAAAAUGAGAAUGAAGGAAAUGAAUAAAAAUGAAGGAAAAAACUUUCCCCAGAAAAGAAUUACUCAUUCGUCAAACGUCAUUAAGG